GCGUCCCUCCCGGGGAGAGCCGGGCCCUCAGGACGGGCGCUGGGCCCGCGCGCAUGGGGCCCUGACGGCCCGCGCGGGCGCCGGGCGCGGGCGACGGCGGCAUGCCCCAGAGGCGGCUCACCACCGAGCCACCAGCUAUUACAGAGGAAGAUUUUGAAGAUUCUUUGGCAACAGAUGAUUUCCUUGUGGACUACUUUAAUGAAUUCCUAAGCCUUCCAACCUUUUCAAAGGCAAUUAGAUUUAAUGUGGAUUAUGGAGUUUUUGAAGUAGUUAACAAUGCUCCACAACUUCUGGAAAAGCAACUGAAAAAAAUUCUGCAAAACCAGCAACCUCGAAAUCCCAUCUAUGAUGUUGUAAGGAAAGGAAAGAAUGAUGUUAAACCUAUUCAAAUGAAUGCCCCCUAUGAAGAUGAGACCAUUAAUGUCAACUACAAUAUUAUGUGUCUCAGUCGUGAACAGGGUAUUCAGUGGAUCAAAAAAGAAAGACUUCCAGCAUUUCUGGAAAGUGAUUGCUACUUUGAAUACAGGUUAGCCAAAUUGGUCUCACAAGUAAGAUGGAGUGGAUCAGGCAUGAAUAUCACACUAGGCACAGAUUUUUCUCCCUGGGUCCUGAAAAAACCACCCAGUCCACCACCUCCUGCCAUUGAAGAAGACAAUGUUAUAAUUAUGAAAAAGUUCUACAUUUCUCUUGGCGAGGCCUCCUAUACUCAAACGAAAGAUUGGUUUGCGUUAGCAAAACAAAGUCAGCAAACAGUAUCCACCUUUUCACUUCCGUCUUGUGUAUUCCACAACAAAAUUGAAUCACCAGUUAUUUCAUCUGUUUCUGAGAGUUUUAUCUUUGAUGAUGGAGUGCACCCCAGGACAAAAAAGGACUCAUCUAAAACCACUAGAUUAAUUUCUGAAUUUGAAGAAGAAGAAGAUGGAUCUAUAUCUCUACAAGAUACUCCUUCUCAAGCUCUUCUGAGAGUAUACCUUGAAAAGCAACAGGAUGUUAAUGAAAGCUUGACAUUGCACUUUUCAACAUGCGAAGAAUUUUUAAAAUCUUAUGUAACCUUUAUUUUGAGAGUAGCAAUUUAUCAAGUUCUUGGAGAGCCAUUUAGAGAAAGCCCAGGUUACAUAAAUUUCAAAAAUGUAACAGAAGUGGUGUUUGAUGAGCGUUUUGAGCCUAUCCCUGGCAAGAAUGUUUUGUUAAGUAAAACAGUUCAAACCAAAAAGGAAAAGUCAGAAGAGAUGUUAGAACAAGCAAGUUCAAAGAGUGAGAGCAUUGGGCCAGAAAGCAGGGCUGACUGGUGGAUUUCUCACAAAACUUACGACAUUGGCAAUAGAAUGGAGUUUGAAAGAUUUAAGAAAUUUAUAAAAGGCACAUCAGGAGAGAGAUAUUGCUGGCUGUGGAUGGAUAUUGAGAGGUUAAAAGUUCUUAAGGAUCCUGGAAGACGUCAAAGACAUCUUGAGAAGAUGAAAAAAUGCUAUCUAGUGAGCAGUGGAGAUUACUACCUUUCUGCAGAAAUCUUAUCAAAAUUGAAACUGCUAGAUGGAUCUCAGUGGAAUGAAAAACACUUAAAAAAUAUUCAGACUGAGGUUUUAAAACCCUUACUUCUGUAUUGGUCACCCAGAUUCUGUGUUACUCAUUCAUCCUCAGCAAAACAUGCUAUUGCUGAACUGAAAUUCUGGCACCUCCGUCAAGAGAAACCAAGGAAGGAUGUUGACCCUUUUCCACAAAUGGCAACCCUCUUGCCGUUAAGACCUAAAUCUUGCGUUCCACAGAUGUCUGAGAUGCAGAAAGAAGAAUCCAGUUUAUUACAAUCUCCUAAAUCGCCUAAGAAGCCACCUAAAGUGAAAACAGCAAAUCAAAGACCUUGGAAGAGCGAGUCUUUGUAUCCAUUUUCUUCUAAGGAUGAUGUGAUUGAGAAAGGGUCAAGGCAGAGGUCAGAAAGCAGCAAAGUUAUUCGUUUAACAUCUUUUGCUGACAUUUCUGAAUGUUUGAAGCCCCAGCUGGAUAGAAAAUAUACUUAUACAGAAGAACCUUUGGUUAAAACCAUGGCAGAUGGUGCCUUGGGAGGAUUUGACAUGGAAAAUUUGUUGCAAUCUCUUUAUGUAGAAAAUAGAGCUGGCUUUUUCUUUACUAAAUUCUGUGAGCAUUCAGGAAACAAGUUGUGGAAGAACAGUGUGUACUUUUGGUUUGACCUACAGGCUUAUCAUCAGCUUUUCUACCAAGAAACGCUUCACCCUUUUAAAGUAUGCAAGCAAGCCCAAUAUCUUUUUGCCACAUACAUUGCUCCUUCAGCCACUCUUGACAUUGGACUCCAACAGGAAAAGAAAAAAGAAAUUUAUAUGAAAAUACAGCCACCAUUUGAAGACCUUUUUGACACAGCAGAAGAAUACAUCCUUCUCCUCCUUCUUGAGCCCUGGACACAGAUGGUAAAAUCAGACCAAGUCGCUUAUGGAAAGGUGGAGCUGGUGGAAGAAACUCGACAGCUAGACUCUACACAUUUCAGAAAGCUACAGGCUUUGCAUAAAGAGACAUUUUCCAAGAAAGCUGAGGACACUACUUGUGAAAUUGGACCUGGUAUUUCACCACUUCAUGAUGCCUCUAAGCAAACAGAAUAUUGGAAUAAUGUUCCUGAGGAAUAUAAGCAUUUUAACUUUAAUGAUCUGCUUAAGAACAAACUGGAAUUUGAACAUUUCCGUCAAUUUCUUGAGGCUCAUUCUUCAAGCAUGGACCUCAUGUGCUGGAUAGACAUUGAGCAGUUCCGAAGAAUAAUGUAUGGAGAUCAAAAGCAAAGGGAGGCAAAAUCUAGACAUAUUAAAAACAAAUACCUUAAUAAAAAAUAUUUCUUUGGACCCAACAGUCCAGCUUCUCUAUAUCAGCAGAACCAGAUAAUGAAUUUAAGUGGUGGCUGGGGAAAGAUUCUCCACGAGCAGCUUGAUGCACCUGUUCUAAUUGAAAUUCAGAAACGUGUCCUAAAUAGGCUAGAAAAUGUGUGGUUGCCAUUGUUUCUUGCAAGUGAACAGUUUGCAGCACGUCAAAAAAUAAAGGUACAGAUGAGAGACGUAACUGAAGAGCUCUUACUACAGAAGCGUGAAAGGAAAAUCGGGGUCUGGAAGCCUGUGGAGAGUAAGUGGAUAUCUUCAUCUAGUGAAAUCAUUGCUUUUCGUAAAGCAUUAUUGAAUCCAGUUACUGCAAGACAAUUUCAACGGUUUGUGGCUCUAAAAGGAGAUUUAUUGGAAAAUGGGGUACUCUUUUGGCAAGAAGUACAAAAAUACAAGGACUUGUGCCAUUCUCAUUGUGAUGAGUCCAUCAUCCACAAGAAGAUCCUGACUAUUAUCAACUGCUUUAUUAAUUCUAGUAUUCCACCAGCUUUACAAAUUGACAUUCCAUUAGAACAAGCGCAGAAGAUUAUUGAACACAGGAAGGAGUUAGGACCAUAUAUUUUUAGAGAGGCACAGAUGACAAUUUUUGGAGUUCUAUUUAAGUUUUGGCCUCAGUUUUGUGAGUUUAGAAAGAACUUAACUGAUGAAAAAAUUAUGAGUGUUUUAGAGAGAAGACAAGAAUAUAAUAAGCAGAAAAAAAAAUUGGCAGUCACAGAAGACGAAAAAUUUGCAAAGGAUGGAGUCAAACAAUAUACAAGUACUUCAGGAUCUGCUGUCAAAACCUCUGCUUUAGUCGGUGACCCAGGUUUAGGCCUACAAGCAUACAGCCGACAGCCAACCUGGUGCUACUCCAAGUACAUAGAAGCCUUAGAACAGGAAAGGAUUCUUCUUAAAAUUCAAGAAGAACUGGAAAAAAAGUUGUUUGCAGCCGCACCAUCUUUUACAAAUUUUAAGUCUACUGCUUCGGCUGCAUCUCUGAAAAAGACUGUAUCUUCCCACAACGUCCUGAGUGAGUUUCCAGUGAUAGUCUAUCUUCAGUUGUUUUCCCCUUGUUGUUAG